AUCAUUUUAAGAUUUAUGUUUUAUUCAAAAAAAUAAGAAAAUUUUUUUCUAACUAUAUUUAUAAUUUGAAAGUAAAUUAUGUUUUUUAUGAAAAUUCUAUUAUAAUGAAUUUACUUUAAUAUAGCAACAUUAUAAGAUAUAACCAAAAUUCUGAAAAAAUAUAGGCCUAAUUUAUUAUCUAUUAGAAUAUUUAAUAUCUUCUUAAAUGGUACUCAAAAAAUUAUCUUCUUUUUAAUUUAUAAAAUUCAAAGAAAACUCAAAUUAACCUUCUAAAAAUAAUCAAAAAUAUAUUGAAAAAAUAUCUUUUCACUCUAAUCUUAUAAAUGGAUAGAAUUACCACCUAAAAUCUAAAAUGCAAUAAGCAUCCAAAUAAAAACCUUCAAUUUAUUUAAGUAAAUGAUGUUCUAACACAACCUACUUCCUCUAAACCUCUCUUUUACUGCUCCUCCUGUUUUAAUCACGAUCUUCACUUUAAAUCUAUCAACUAUAUUAUGAUCGAUCAGAUUUUUUAAGAGGCAGACACUAAUAUCAUCCCAAAAUGGCCACCAGUCAACAACUAUCAAGUCAUCUCAGAUCUCAUCGAUCUUACUUCUAAUUAAUCUUCACUUGACUAUGUCAAGCAAAUUACAGAUUUCUUUCAUCAACUCAAAGAAGAGUUUUUAAAUAAAAUAGAAGUCAUCUAAAAAAAGACUAUCAAUGAAGCCUUAAAAUAUCCUAUUGAUACAUAGCAAAUCAUCAAAAGAUAUUAAGAAAUUUCAAACAUUCAUUAGUUUAAGUAGAUUCUUAACAACUAAUAGCCAAAUAACCUCCAAGAUCAUUCAACACUAUGUAAAGAAUUUAUCUCACAAAUGGAGUCUCAAAAAGAUAAAAACACUGAAUUGUUGUAAAGUCUACUUACCUAAGCAAAUUAAUUAAAAACAAAUUUCAACAUGGAAUAUCCUCAGAUCAUUAAAUAGUAAUUGUUUACUUUUAUUGACCACAUUUCUUUCUUCAAUUUAGAUAUUCCUGAAGUUAGUAGUGCAAAUCAUAAUAACACUAGAAAUCACUAGGAAACUAAUAUAAUAAAUCAAAGUAAUUAAAUUGUAGAUUUAAAACUAACAUCUGACUUAAUCAUGAAGCUUGUUUCUAAUAAAUCAAACUUUUGCUCUGACUAAUUCUUAAACAAGUUAAGUGAGAGUCUUUAAAGAAUAAAUCCUCUACUUAAAUAGUUUACUUUCAACACAGCAGUUUUCAAGGAGAAUAAAGUAUAAAUUGACUUUUCCAAGAUUAGCGAGGAAAAAAUAAAUUUGAUAGAAGAAUAUGUUAAGCAUUCAAUAGCUUUGUCAAGAGGGGAAUAGUAAUAUGAAUAGGAAGUAAAGGAUAGUUUAGAAAUAAAAUAAAUGACUUAAAUUGUAGAUUCUAAAAUGAGUUUCUUGAGGUAAGAAUUCAUAUAAUAGUUUGAAAAGUUCUUAGUUGAUGUAAAACCUUUCUUAAAAUAGAUUAAUUUCACUAAUACUUUUACUGACAAAAAUAAAUUUGAUUUCUUCAGAAAUUUGAAAGAUAAAAGAUUUUAUUAUGCUUUAUAUGAGGAAAGUUUACCAAAUUUAGAUCUAAAAUUGUUUGCAACUUAGUAUUAGAAUGGGUAGAGAGAUAGUGUGGUAAAUAAAAAAGAAAAUGGUUAUUAUGAAAUUGAAAAUUAAAUAAUAGUGAUUGGGUGA